AUGCCAGUUCCACUCGUUCUCGCUGCGCCAGCAGCCCUUGCGGGUCUUGCAUACUUAAAUGCUAGAACGCAACUCAGCUAUGACUAUCGACUUCUCGGUACUCACGCGAAGGCGCAGUUCAAGUUGAACAGACGGCUAAAAAAUGAUAAGGUCAAUCCUUUCUAUUUCCUCGAGGAAUAUGCGCAGGGUCCGUUGGCGGACAAGACACUUCUCAUCUUCGACAAUCGCAAUUGGUCCUACAAAGCUGUUUACCAGACAGUUCUGAAAUAUGGAACAUGGCUAAAGGAGAAGUAUAACAUUAAGCCGAAGGAGGUGGUGGCCAUGGAUUUCAUGAACUCGGAAAAGUUUAUUUUCGUGUGGUAUGGACUAUGGGCUAUUGGAGCAAAGCCUGCAUUCAUCAACUACAACCUAACGGACAAUGCGUUUAUACACUGUAUAAAAGUAUCCACUGCUAGACUCGUGCUGGUAGACCCACAAGUACAGCACAAUAUCACUCAAGCGAUACGGAAUGAAUUGUCAAAUGUAACAAUCGAGAUUUUCACCCCUGAGCUUGAAGCAGAGGUCAUGGAAACGCAUGAAAGAAGGGAGCCAAAUUCUUCGCGCUCAGAGGACAAGAUUUCAAAUCUCGCUAUGAUCGUGUUCACCAGUGGUACCACCGGUCUACCGAAAGGAGCUAUCGUGUCUUGGAGUAAAACGGUCGUUGGAGCCAUGAUUGUGCCUGGAUGGAGUGGCUUUGCUCAGGACGAUACAUUCUAUACCUGCAUGCCACUCUAUCAUUCUUCUGCUUCUGUUCUAGGAUAUUGCAUGGCUCUUAUUAGAGGUGCGACAAUUUGUAUCGGAAAGAGCUUCUCUACGAAAACCUUCUGGAAAGACUGUAGAUCUUCGAAUGCCACAGCAAUACAAUAUGUUGGUGAAACCUGUCGAUAUUUACUAUCCGCGCCCCCAGAGAUCGAUCCAUUAACGGGAGAGAACCUCGACAAGAAACACAAGGUGAGAAUGGCAUUUGGGAAUGGACUUAGGCCUGAUAUCUGGAAUCGGUUCAAAGACCGAUUUGGCAUCGAGGCUAUAGCCGAAUUCUAUUCAGCAACGGAGGGUACAAGCGGGGCCUGGAAUUUUAGUCGCAAUGACUUCAGCAAGGGUGCUAUUGGUCGUAUAGGAACUCUAGGCAAGUUUCUCAGCCAGUCAACUUCGGCGAUUGUUGAGCUCGACUGGGAAACAGAGCAGCCAUGGCGGGACCCAAUAACAAAACUUUGUCGGAGAGUUGAGCUUGGAAAACCUGGCGAGCUUAUUUUUGCCAUUGAUGCCAAGGACACCGAGUCCAAAUUUCAAGGGUACUAUAACAACAAAUCCUCGACAGAGAGCAAGAUCUUAAGAGACGUCUUACAGAUGGGCGAUGCCUGGUUCAGGACUGGAGAUGUGAUUACUUCGGACGCUGAAGGCCGAACCUAUUUCAGUGAUCGAAUUGGAGACACUUUCCGCUGGAAGGCUGAAAACGUAUCCACAAACGAAGUGUCCGAAGCCCUGGGAAACCAUUCCUCCGUACGUGAAGCUAACGUGUAUGGAGUGGAGUUACCACAUCACGAUGGCCGGGCGGGCUGCGUCGCGCUUGUCCUUACUGAAGAACCAAGCGAGCGGGUUCUGAGUGACUUAGCAAGACACGCCCAAGAUCGAUUACCUCGGUUUGCUGUCCCGCUCUUUUUGAGACUGAUUAGAGAAAUGCAAAUUACCGGGACGAACAAGCAGCAGAAACAUGUUGUAAGGACACAAGGUGUGGAUCCAGAGAAGGUCAGCAAUGAUGAUUUGUUCUGGUUGAAGGAUGGUACCUAUCAAUCGGACCACUUAUAUGACAUGCAACUUCCCCAACAGGAUCAGCUUACUUUGGUAGCACCCCGACUACGGCCGAAUAAACAGAGCAGAAAAGGACAUGAUCAAAGGAGACUUCGCAUCAACUUUGAAAGGAUGGUUAGAACAGGCAUGAAAGGUCUCAUACCAGCGCCGAAAGGACGUAUCAGACACCAGGUCGGCCACAAAUACCUUGAAGCUCUACAGUCGAAGGUCAAUCGGGAUUCGGAUGUCUCUAGUAAUUCGAGCACUUCGAGUGCUUCAUCUACCAAUGCUGUGCCAAAAGGACCGGGACUGAAUCUAUUAAUAUUGGGAUUGUGCUCUGGAACAGCUAUGGACGAUAUCGAUUUCGCGUUGUGUAGAUUUACACAGGAGGCUCCCGAGUCAGCGUUGUAUUUAGAAUUGGUCCAGUAUGAUUCUGUAGUUAUGCCUUCGAAGAUCCGAAGCGAUAUCCUAUCAAUGCUGAGAGAAGAUGCAGCUCCUCCUAGUAUGCUCUCACAGAUGGAUGCAGAACUUGGACACACGUUUUCCAACGCAGUACACAUAUUUGCGCAUAAACAUGGGAUUGCAGUAGAUGAUAUAGACUUGAUUGGUUCCGGAGGGCAACUAGUUUCGUUGACGGGAACUCCAGCCAAAGGUCAGCAUCGUUCAAAUAUGUGCUUAGGGGAAGGGGCAAUUAUAUCUGCCAAAACAGGUGUAACGACCGUCUCGGAUUAUAGAACGGCAGAGCAAGCUGUUGGAAGACAAGGCGCACCGCUGUUCGCAUAUCUUGUUGGCUUACUGCUUCAUCACCCCACCCGUCUCCAAAUCUGUAUAACCAUUGGCGGGAUAACAACUGCCUGCUUCAUUCCACCGGACACAAAAGGUGGCAUUGAUGCCAUGUACGAUUGGGACACGGGACCAGGAACAUCAAUGAUUGAUAGCGCUCUACGACAGUUCGGUUUUGACCCUGCCAGCGAACAAAACUCGCCUCUUCUGAUGAAUGGUCAGAUCUGCCACGAGGUAGUCGAAGAACUCUUGGAGAACGACAGCUAUCUCAAAACUCGCCCACCUAAGACCACGGCUAGAGAGAUAUAUGGUGACCUAAUGGCUGCAAGAAUUGUAUCCAUGUGCCAAUUCAGAACCUGUACCGUUGCCGACACAAUUGCGACGAUAACUCGAUUCACCUCUGCUUCUAUAGCCCAACAAAUGCUUCUGUUCGGACCGGGUCGUCAUGCCAUUAACAAUGCCGACAUCAUUGUCGAUGGGCGAGGUAUGUUUAAUUCGCAGCUCAUCGCAGACCUUCAAGGUGAGUUUCCAGGGGCUCGCUUCGGUGCAUUCGACAAGACAGGUGUGCCUAGCAAUGGAAAGAAAGCUGUAGGUUUUGCUAUGCAAGCGAUGGAAGCUCUGCUUGGAAGAGCACUACCAGUUCCUACGAACGCAGACGUGAGGCGACCGAAUACGAUCACUGGCAAGAUUGCACCUGGUUUAAGAUGGAGAGAGGUCAUCGAGAUGAGCGUGCAAUUUGGCGGUGCUGGUAGAGGUUGGGAGGGGUUACCUGAGGUCAGAGAACUGAUUGUAAAAGAGAAAAAGGGAUGA